AUGAAUAGCCAGUAUAUGCGUCAUGAAGUGCGGGGCUGUGAAACCAGCGACCUGAGGAACUUCUGGGAAAAGACCAUCGAACAACAAACUCAGUAUCUGCAAAGUGAAAAGGAACGUCAGCGAAGAAGUGCUCUGACAAAGCUCAGAAAUGAAUGGAUGGAGAGGCUGGAAAAACGGAUAAAGAUGUUGAGGACCCAAUCUGAAGGCUCAUCCAGCUGA